CGCUCCACGGGCUCACGGGUUACUCCCCGCACUACGCCAUGCUCGUUAUUUCGGCAACAGCCGGUAUAACUCGCAUCACAGAAGAACACAUCGGUCUUCUGCUGGCUUUGGACAUGCCGUUCUUCGCAGUCAUCAACAAAUGUGAACUGGUUAGCAACAUCAAUGCUGUUGUAGCGAGGCUGACUCAAUUGUUGGAACCCGCUAAUAAGAAACCGCUGUUAAUAACUGACGAGAAUAUGGCAAGGAACUGCGUUGCGCCGCAAAAGUCGAUACUGGACAACAUAGACAAUCUAGACGAGGAAAUCAAAAAGGAUGAGGAGGUGGCCGUGUUCCCGGUAAGCUGCGUGCGCGGCGCCGGCCUCAACGCGCUGCACGCGUGCCUGCUGGCGCUGGCUCCGCGCCGCGACCUGCACCGCCCCGAGGACUUGAGUGAACCAUAUGUUGCGCAGUUGACUAGUAUCCUUUUUAUUAAAUUAUAAAUGUUAUAAUUUAUGUCACUUUACAGGAGGCGUGCGAGUUUCAAAUAGACGAAAUUUUCCACGUAGGGUACUCGACGGGGCCCGUCGUGGGGGGACUGCUCGCGCGAGGGCGACUCUACGAGGGCGACGAAAUUAUCAUAGGACCUCUGGAGUCCGGCGAGUUCGCGGAGAUAUCCGUGCGCACGAUAUACCGCAACCGCGUCCCGUGCGGCAGCGUGCGCGCGGGACAGUCGGCGUCGCUGGGCCUGGGGCGCUUUCCGCCGGGACUGCGGCAGGGCAUGUUGCUGCUAGCGCGGCCGGGGGGCUACGCCGCGGGACUAUCAGAACUAGUCCACUCGUCGCAAGCUUCGGAGAAGAAUCAAAAGAACGCGAGGAGACAGAACAAGAAUAUCCUCCAGGACAUCGCCAACGUGAAGAACAGCCUCACGAAGACUUCGGAAACGAAGUGCACGAACGUGUACGUGUCGGACGACGGGAGCAAGUACAGCGACGCGCACGUGUCGAGCGACACGCAGGACAAGUGCGUGUGUGACGACCUGGUGUUCCUCGAAGACCCAAACGACCCUAGACGCUGUAUAUACUUUCAGGCAUCCGUGCAUGUCCUGAGACACUCCACGGCCAUCUACCCAGGGUUCCAGUCCUCUGUGCAUGUCGGGAACGUGCGUCAGACGGCCAUUAUCGAGGGUAUAAUGUCUCCGAACAACGUGCUGAGGGCGGGCGAGGGGGCCUCCGUGCUGUUCAGGUUCGCCCGCUGUCCGGAGUACCUCGUGCGGGGCCGCCGGCUGCUGUUCACGGCGGGGCUGGGGACAAGUCUUUGCGGAUACCAGGCCAAAUGUAGCGCUCUGUAA